CGAGGAGGAUAUAAUCCGAACAGUAUCGACCGCUUUCAGGAAAUUCAGAAUAGUCCGCGGGAAAAAUUUCUCUUUGUAAUAUGCUCUAAUGUGGAUCAACUAAAACCGGAUAUGAUCGCCACUGUUGAUGUUGAUCCAGAGAGUUCAACUUACUGUGAGGUAAUCAGUCGAGUUGAUUUUCCAAAUAUUGGAGAUGAAGUUCAUUAUUCUGGUUGGAAUACAUAUUUGCAUAAAAAUAAUGAAGAUUGCAUGCUUAAGUCAUAUUUAACGCUUCCAUGUAUGAAUACAUCUAGAAUUUAUAUCGUCGAUGUCACAGAUCCUAAAAACUUAACACUUUUAAAAGCGAUUGAACCUGAGGUACUUUUUCGCUACAAUGUGAGCUUUCCUCAUGCAUCCCACUGCUUACCUGAUGGUUCAGUAAUGAUUAGCAUGCUUACUUCUACCGAUGGCGAUUUUUUUCUUUUGGAUGGCAAAAAUUUUGAGCCCAUAGGUACUUGGAUAUCUGAAGGCACCAAAAAACCAUCAUGUAAUGGUGAUUUUUGGUAUCAGGUGAAAAAUAAUAUUAUGAUCAGUACUGAAUUGGCUUCACCAAACAAAUUUAAAAAAGGCUUUAAUUUGAAAAAGCUUUCAAAAGGAACUCAUUUGAAUAUUUGGAAUUGGAAAGAGCGUCAAUUACUACAGCAAGUCAAACUGAAACAACCGGAAGGAUUAAUGCCAUAUAAAGUACGCUUCUUGCACGACUCUAAAACGUGUCAAGGUUACGUAAUAACAGCUCUUGGAUCAUCACUUUAUCAUUUUUACAAAACAAGGAUAUUAAAUGUUCCUUCAAAAACAGUGCGCAAAUGGUUAUAUCCAAAAAUGCCAGCUUUUUUUACCGAUAUGAUCAUAUCACUUGAUGAUAAAUUUUUGUACAUAUCAGCUUGGUUGCAUGGAGAAGUACGUCAAUAUAAUAUCAGUAAUCCCGCUCAUCCAACAAUGAUUAGCGUUGGAGGACUGUUACACACGGAAUCGCCAGUUGUCUUCAAAACAAUGACAGAAUUGAAACGUAUUGAAGGUGGUGCACAAACGCUGCAAUUAAGUUUAGAUGGAAAACGGCUUUACGUAAAUACAUCAUUAUAUACUACAUGGGAUCUUCAAAUACAACCUGCAACAAGGAAUGGUACGCAAAUGGUGAUGAUAGAUGUAAAUACUGAUAGUGGAGGAUUAUUCAUUAACCCAGACUUUCUGGUAGAUUUUGGUACUCUUCGAGGUGGGCCAUACCUUGGAAGGGAUAUGAGGUAUCCAGGAGGUGAUUGCACUUCAAUUAUCCAUUCAUCCCGAUAA